AUGCGUUACUCCGCCAUCACCCUCGUUGCCCUUACGGCGACAUCAACUUCGGCCUUCUCCCUAUGGCCUCGCCAAAGCUCUAGCUGUCCUUCCGUCUGGUCUGAUGUCGCCACCGAGCUUCAAGCCGACUUUGCUGGCUGUGGCGCGGAUGCUCAUCAAGCCCUACGUGCUCCCUUCCACGACUGCAUCAACAAUGGUUGUGACGGCAGUCUCGUUCUCACAGACGAGUGUGGAAGAUCAGAGAACGCCGGUCUCUCAGCUAUCUGCACGAAGCUUAAGGACUGGAGCGACAAGUACCAAGUCAGCGCAGCAGACAUGAUCCAAUUCGCUGGCGCACAAGCAAUCGCCGCGUGCCCGCUCGGCCCCAGAGUGCAAGCACUAGUUGGCCGUAAGGACAGCUCAAACGCCGCGCCUGUCGGAAGUGUACCCAGCAGCCGUGGUACUCUCGAAAGCAUCUUGGGAGCCUUUGCUGCGAAGGGCUUCUCAUCCGACGAUGUCGUUGCCCUCAUGGGUGCACACAGUGUAGCAGUCCAGUUCCACGACGACCCAUCGCAAGCCGGAAAGGGUCUUGACUCGACACCUUUCAGAUACGACAACACCUUCUACCAAGAGACCAAGGACCGCAAGGCCCCAUACAGUCUCCAGAGCGAUCUACUCAUGUCAAACUCUUCACAGACAUCAACCACCUGGUCUAACUUCGCUGAAGACGCGAACAGCUGGUCUACCGCUUUCACGAGCGCAUGGGACCGGUUCGCUGUCAUCGGAAGCGACGCCAGCAAGCUCCAAGAUUGCUCGAGCUUGGUUCCCAACGGUUUCGUGACCACGAAGAGGCAAGCGUUCAACAUGGCGUUCACCAAGAAGAUGAGCGCCAAGUUCAGGUUUGGACGAAAGCGCGCAAGCGGCAUCAGUCAAGACAACGCAACGUCUGCUACCGCAAGCACGCGUGGGAAGCGGGCUCGUAAAGAGAUCGUUAACGACAAGUCUCCUCUGCUCAAUCUCCCUGGAGGUAAGGCUCAUUUUCUGUUGCAUUCAAUGCGUGCCAUUGAUGAGAAGAUAGAAUUGAGGAACCGUAUCUACGCUUACGUUGUAGCCGACACAAGAGAGUACAAAAAAGGCGAAACAUGGACCAAGCGCGGCAACAGUUUCAAAAACUCUGUGCCAAUCCACAUGAAGUACAAAUCUAUCAUGGCAGCAAAGCGCUACAAGACGGCAGCGCAAUGGGUGAAGGCUCACAAGAGGCGACAUUAUUUCGGUCUGACACAGGCCUGCCACUUGCUGCGCCACGAGUUUCGCCCGCUUUGUCUCCAAGAGCUGUCCUUCGACAUCAAUUCAUGUCUUGGUGAAUUCCUCGUCGUUUUUGGACAAGACGACGAAAGCCAGGCUUUGGGCCGUCAUAUUAUCAGCAUCAUGGAGGUUCCACUGCCGCACGAUGGUAUAGACAUCCUUCCAGUCUUGAAGAAGAUGUACAAUCUCAAGAUGCCACGUCUUCUAUUCCGCUACGAGCUAUACUCGGAUCGGAGGCCUUGGAACAUCAACGACCUGUUUCUUACAUUGGUAUCGAACAAGGAUUCUCUUAUUAGACCUGUCCGAGAUGGUUUCGAUAUCACCAGCAUCACGAUAUUCAAGGACCCAGAGCGCCGUGGCCCUGAAAAGCGCAGUAAGCCAGCGCUACGGAUGAACCUGGACAACAAAGACUUUUCCACAUGGAGCCAAGAGAGGAAAGAGAGGCACAUGAAGUCUCUGAUCAGGCAUGCUGGUCUGGAAGACAUUGAUGGCAAUCACACAACAAUUUGCUGUGACGGUCGAAGCUAUCUGUGGUAUGUUCCUGGCAUCAUAUACGAUGACUGGAACGCCUCAAAAAUGCGAUUGCUUUCGGAGGAGACUGACUAG